GUAUUCUCAACCUCUUCACGAAGAGAUAGCACUGCAUAAAUAUUUAAAGCAUCGGAACAUUGUCCAGUAUCUUGGAUCUGUUUCGGAAGAUGGAUACAUUAAGAUUUUUAUGGAGCAGGUGCCAGGAGGAAGCCUCUCAGCUCUCCUAAGAUCUAAGUGGGGCCCAAUGAAAGAACCUACAAUUAAAUUUUACACCAAGCAGAUUCUGGAAGGCCUCAAGUAUCUCCAUGAGAACCAGAUUGUACACAGAGAUAUAAAGGGAGAUAAUGUUUUGGUGAACACCUAUAGUGGUGUGGUAAAGAUAUCUGAUUUUGGUACUUCCAAACGGCUGGCAGGAAUCAAUCCAUGCACUGAAACGUUUACAGGAACAUUGCAGUAUAUGGCUCCAGAAAUUAUCGAUAAAGGACCACGAGGAUAUGGUGCACCAGCUGAUAUCUGGUCACUAGGUUGUACCAUUAUUGAAAUGGCAACAGGCAAACCUCCAUUUCAUGAACUAGGGGAGCCUCAAGCAGCAAUGUUUAAAGUUGGGAUGUUUAAGAUUCAUCCUGAAAUUCCAGAAUCACUGUCCGCUGAAACAAGGGCCUUUAUUUUGCUCUGUUUUGAACCUGAUCCUAGUAAACGUGUUACAGCAUCUGAUUUGCUCAGAGAUUCCUUCCUGAAACAAGUAAACAAGGGCAAGAAAAACAGAAUUGCAUUCAAGCCUUCAGAUUAUAAUCGUAAUACAUCCCUCCCACUGCCAGUGCAUGGAGAACAGGCUGGCAGCAGCAGCAGUGAGCAUGGCUCUGUUUCACCAGACUCUGAUGUACAGCAUGACAUGUUUUUUGAAAGGCCAAAGAGAUCCAUUUCAGAGAUUCAGACAAAGCAUCCCCUCUCUCAUUUACUAAGCGUGCCUGAUGAGGGCUCGGCCUCAGAGGACAGAAGCGCUUCUCCUUCCGUUGAGGAUAAGGAUUCUGGUCUGUUUCUGCUGCGGAAGGACAGUGAACGCCGAGCGAUCCUAUAUAAAAUCCUUAAGGAGGAACAGAAUAAAGUUGCUUCCAAUUUGCAGGACUGUAUUGCACAGAGCUCUGAAGAGCUGCAACUUUCAGUGGCCCACAUCAAGCAAAUUAUUGGGAUUUUAAGGGACUUCAUACGCUCUCCAGAGCAGAGAGUGAUGGCUUCUACCAUAUCCAAGUUGAAAAUGGAUUUGGACUUUGACAGCACUUCCAUCAAUCAGAUCCAUCUGGUGCUGUUUGGAUUUCAGGAUGCGGUGAACAAAGUAUUAAGAAAUCACUUAAUAAGGCCCCACUGGAUGUUUGCAAUGGACAACAUAAUUCGCCGUGCAGUCCAAGCAGCAGUCACUAUUCUUAUUCCAGAGCUUCGAGCUCACUUUGAGCCAGCAUCAGAGACUGAAGGUGGGGACAAGGAUGGUGAAGAAGCAGAGGACAGUUACCAGCCCACUGAACAAAAUGGGGCUGAGGAUCCUGCCAUCACAUCAGGAGUCAGCACCCUUAGUUCUGCGGUGUCACAGGAGCCUCAGCAGCAACUUAGCCUGGAGUUGGGCAGACUUAAACAAGAGACCUUAAGGCUUUUGGAAGACCUCGUUCAGAAGGAGAAGGAGUAUCAGACCCUCUUACGACAAUCUUUGGAGCAAAAAACUCAGGAACUACGCUUGCUUCGAUUAAAACUUAAACCUGAAGACUCCCACUUGUCUGCAACAACUUAUAGCGACAGUGCAGACCCUGAGCUCAUGAACUGGCUGAAACAACAAGGAGCAGACCUGGAUGCCAUUAAGAGGUUUGCUGAAGAAGAUUACACACUAAGUGCUGUCCUUAAUGAUAUCACGAAAGAUGAUUUGCGGUAUCUUCGGCUGCGCGGUGGUCUUCUCUGCAGAAUCUGGAAUGCAAUAUUAAACCACCGACAAACAUCUGGUAAGACCUCUGUGCAGAAGGUUAAUGCUUUGGAAGGAGAACCUGUAAUGGGAAUAAACAAAUGA